AUGGCAAUUACGAUCUGUAGUCGUGGCGACGCUUAUGAUGAAGCCCAGGGUCACAGCGGUCUCCAAUCGCCUCGACCUAUAUUGUACCUCUCUUUUGUCUCACCCCUUGUCGCGGUGACGACGAACCGGUUGGUGAGUUGCACAUGUCACGCCCGGACUGAGUGUACCAAACCGGCUGAUCUAAUUGUGCCAAUCACACUCGGCGACGAGACGCAAGCGCGUCCCACAACACUAACGGCGUGA